UCCUUACCGAUUGCUGUCCCAUCAAUUUUUACCCACAUUGCUUCUCCAAAUUCAGCAUCGACACUUUUUCACCAACCUGCAACGAGUACCACCAAGAUGGUUUCAACAAGUUGCUAUCACCYAAUCAUUGCAUCUUUAUGCAUUGCUUCGUACAUUGCGUUUUGCUCGGCGUUCCGAGCCAACGGUGGAUGUGCGAGAGGGAUGCCAUCCCGAGUUGGCAUUUCCCAUCRUUCGGCACAGAGUUUGGUUGUCGAGAGCGGUAGKACAGCGACAGCGACAUCGACGCAGCUGUACAUGGGGGCUGGCGAAUACAAGAAGAAAAAUCUAAAAACAUUCCAGCGGUACCUCGAAAUCGAAUGCUGGAGGCAACCGCAGUUUCGAGACCUCGAGCCCGUUUUGAAGUCGGUGGCCGAAUCCUGCAAACAAAUCAAUCGGAUAGUUCAGAGAGCGCAGACGGACGAUCUGUACGGUGUCGCCCUGGGCCCGGACGGCAAGCCCCUCGACGACAACAUCCAGGGCGAAGUCCAGCAACAACUCGACGUCUUGUGCAACACCUACAUGCUUCGUGCCUUUUGUGGCGGUGGAUCGUCCAGCAUUCAUUCCGUGGCGUCGGAAGAGGAGGACGAAACAAGGUGUUGCUCGGACGUGAUGACCGAUUCCGCCUUUGCCAAGGGGGAGUACAUCGCCGUCUUUGAUCCCAUCGAUGGCUCGAAAAACAUCGACGCCAGCCUGCCCGUUGGGAGCAUCUUUGGAAUCUACAAAAACCAACCCGGGUCGGAAGUCGACGAAUCGACCUUUCUGCAGGACGGAAGAAACCUGGUGRCGGCCGGGUAUUGCCUCUUUUCGGCCACCACCGUCCUGGUGUUGACGCACGGAAACGGGGUCGACGGAUUCACGCUCGAUCCAGACAGCGGUGCCUUCCUCCACACCCUGAAAGACAUCCGCAUUCCCCGAAAGGGCAAAAUCUUUAGUUUCAACGAGGCCAACUCCCGCGGGUUCGACGAACCCGUCCAGCGCUAUCUGAAUUCCCUGAAGGAGGGGACGAGCAAGGUCGACAUGGCGAUGACGGCGCGGUACAUCGGUGCCCUGGUCGCCGACGUCCACAACAUCCUGGUCAACGGCGGCAUCUACGGAUACCCCAGCACGAGGUCGAACCCGGACGGGAAGCUGCGGCUCCUGUACGAGUGCGCCCCGAUGGCCAUGAUCAUCGAGCAAGCGGGYGGCGCGGCCUCGAACGGCCGCAAGCGAAUACUGGAAAUCAAGCCGAAGGAAAUCCAUGCCAGGAGCCCGCUCUUUAUUGGGAGCGUCGAGAACGUGUUCGAACUGGAUCAGUUUUACGAGUAUUACGAUACGGACGGUGCUACGGAAGCAAAAGGAAGCAAGUAAAUAAAUAAAUACAUACAUAAAUAAAUAACCAAUAAUCAUAGAC